AUGGACUCGGUGGAAGCUGAUGAUUGGAUAGACGAAUUAAUUUCUACUGACGUGAGUGUUGAGUGCACUACUGAGGACUGUAUUGAUAGCUACUCAUCUUGUUCUGUGGACGCUCUCUCUGACGGUGAGCUAGUUGUGAGGGAGGAUGAAUGUAUGGAUGAGGAGAUAGAUGGAAAAUGUGACGGACAAUGUAAAUGUGCUAGGAAGAUACCUGGCCUAGAGGUCAAAAAGGUAGAUGAUAGUCCAGUAAAUGGUUUUACCUGUUACACUCAUACCCUUCCAAAUGGGAAUACUUUUACUCUAGAUGGAGAACUACAAGAUGGAGGUACUAUAAUAGAAGUAAAUGGAACGGGAGGACCAAGAAAACCCAUAGAGGGCGUUAAGGAAGUCUCCGUUUUAUACUGGUCUAAGAAUGACAACACACCCCUUCUCCUUGGAGUUAAAUAUGGUAGUGGUAGUACAUCUGCCUAUUACGCAAGGAGUAGUGAUUGCAAAGAUUGGGUUUAUCAUGGACCGCUCCAAGGUAAUGAUCUCGAGACUCAACUUGAUUACCAGAACUGUCAACAUAACAGUGCGGUAACUAUAGAUCUUAGCAAGGGUUUAUCUAAUAGCCAAACUAAGUACUGCUGUAGUGGUAAUCAUUCUGGAGGUAGUAGAGUACAACGCUCUAAUAGGGUCACUGUUACUCCACAUGAAGUUUGUUGUAGAGAAACUGGUCACACCUCGACUCCUAUUUCCUACUUCAAACAUGAGAUUAGUUCUGUUGGUGAUCUUAAACUUGCAAAGAUUAAGUACAAUGGCAGAGAUAGAAAAAACAUAAAAGGUCCAGAGUUAAACUUUCCCAUUAAAGGUCCUGUUAGCGUCUAUGUAUUCCACUGUAAUAACAAUCCAGUACUUAUACACGUAAAGUAUGGGACUUCUGGAGGCUCAGAUGUUACAGGGUGGUAUAAGCAACGUCCUUCCAGUGAUGUUUGGGAAAGAGUCCUAGAUAACAUAAGCAGCAUAACGCCCAGCAACUUUGGUAACCUUACGUGUAAAAAUGGCUUUAAUGCACUUGUGGAUGAACUAAAAGGGUUUGAUGGAUGUAAAACCUUGGGAACAUGUCCUGCUACUCCUACUGCUGAUCCUGAAUCUAAACCUGAAGAAGGUCAACAUGAAGCUCUUACUGAUGGAGGAGCUAGCAUUUUUGCUAUUCUAACUGGUGCUGGCAUGUAUGGUGGCCCUCUUGCCGGAAGCGCUGCAACCUUUUUUGGAGGAUGGAAACUUUAUAAUCGCUAUAAGGGAGACCCUUGGGUUAGACACGGAUAUCCUAUAGAGUUUUUAAAGAAUGUACCAUAUUGA